CCACCGUUUGUUCUUAAUAGCAUGGUAGAAAGAAAUAAAAAUGGAAUUUUCUGUUGCAUAUAAGAAUCUGAAGAAUUCAUGUCAAAAGAAUUUUAGAUCCACGGUCGUUGAAACUUGAGAAUUGAUUGCCUCUUCUUCUCCCUGCAAACUCGCCAUGGAAAUUUAACGAAGCAGCAGGAUCGCUGUGCCAACCUCUCUAGGCUCUUGCUUUGCUUUUGUUUCCAUCCUUCCAUGGCGUCGUCGGUCUCCGGGAACUCAAUUCCAGCACCAGAGGCUGUUCAGAUUUUAGUUUCUUCUCUUGCUGAUGAAUCGCCCGUAGUGAGGGAGGCGUCCAUGGCUUCGCUUAAGGACAUAGCUACAUUGAAUCCGCUUCUCGUUCUCGACUGCUGCUAUGCUGUUUCGCGAGGAGGUCGCCGGCGUUUUGGAAACAUGGCUGGGGCUUUUCUAGUAAUGUCAUUCGGAGUGCGAGCCUUGGAUAAAGAAGAUGUUGAUCCAGCUUUCAUGUCCAAGCUUGCAAAGAUUUCAACGACUGAGAUAAUCUCUUCCAAGGAACUUAAUACUGAGUGGCAAAGAGCUGCUGCAGGGCUUCUUGUUUCGAUAGGCUCACAUUUGCCUGACCUAAUGAUGGAAGAAAUAUAUCUUCAUUUGGGAGGGCCUAGUUCAGCUUUACCAGCUAUGGUUCAAAUUCUAGCAGAUUUUGCUUCUUCUGAUGCAUUACAGUUCACACCGCGGCUAAAAGAUGUGCUUUCCAGAGUUCUACCCAUCCUUGGAAAUGUUCGAGAUGCUCAUAGACCUAUUUUUGCAAAUGCAAUUAAAUGUUGGUGUCAAGCUGCUUGGCAGCAUAGUGUGGACUUCCCUUCACAUUCGUCAAUUGAUGGUGAUGUUAUGUCAUUUCUGAAUUCUGCUUUUGAGCUUUUAUUGCGAGUUUGGGCUGCUUCUAGUGAUUUAAAGGUUCGUAUUUCUUCUGUGGAAGCAUUAGGUCAAAUUGUCAGUCUUAUUACUAGGGCACAACUAAAGGCUGCUUUGCCCAGACUUAUCCCUACCAUGUUGGAACUAUAUAAGAAAGGCCAGGAUGUUGCAUUUGUAACUACUUGCAGUCUGCAUAAUGUCCUAAACACUUCUUUACAUUCAGAAAGUGGUCCUCCUCUCCUUGACUUUGAGGAUGUCACUGUUAUUCUGUCAACACUUCUCCCAGUGGUGUGCGUUAAUAAUGAAAGCAAAGAGUCUGAUCUCUCAACAGGAUUAAAGACAUAUAAUGAAGUACAGCGUUGCUUUUUAACUGUUGGCCUGAUAUAUCCGGAGGAUUUAUUUAUGUUUCUCUUAAAUAAAUGCAGGUUAAAAGAAGAGCCUUUAACUUUUGGCGCUCUUUGUGUUCUGAAGCACCUCUUGCCAAGGUUAUCUGAGGCCUGGCAUGGUAAAAGGCCUUUACUUACUGAAGCUGUUAAGUCCUUACUAGAUGAACAAAAUCUAGGCGUUAGAAAGGCACUUUCAGAGUUGAUUGUGGUAAUGGCGUCACAUUGCUACCUGGUUGGUUCAUCUGGAGAGAUGUUUGUUGAGUAUCUUGUGCGCCACUGUGCCAUCAAAAUUGAUAGAAAUGAUCUUGGAAACUCAAAGGAGUUAGCUGGGUUGAAUGGUGCUUAUAUUCCUUUCCAGUACAAGAGAAUGGAGGUGAAGAUGGGGACAGUUUCUCCUGUACAGCUGAGAGAAAUUAGUGAAAAAGGUCUUCUUCUACUGACCAUUACAAUUCCUGAAAUGGAGCAUAUUCUAUGGCCCUUUUUAUUGAAAAUGAUCAUUCCAAGGAGGUAUACUGGUGCAGCUGCAACGGUCUGCAGAUGCAUUUCAGAAUUAUGCAGGCAUGGAUCUUAUGGAGAUAGUAUGUUAAGUGAAUGUAAAACCCGUGCUGAUAUUCCAAAUCCUGAGGAACUUUUUGCUCGCUUAGUGGUUCUUUUGCAUGAUCCUCUAGCAAGAGAGCAGUUAGCAACACAAAUUUUGACUGUCUUGUGUUAUCUGGCACCUCUCUUCCCUAAAAAUAUCAAUUUGUUUUGGCAAGAUGAGAUACCUAAAAUGAAGGCAUAUAUUAGUGAUUCAGAAGAUCUGAAGCAGAACCCUUUAUAUCAAGAGACAUGGGAUGACAUGGUAAUUAACUUUCUUGCAGAAUCUUUGGACGUGAUUCAGGACACAAAUUGGGUUAUAUCUCUUGGAAAUGCUUUCAGCAAUCAAUAUGAACUUUAUGUCUCUGAUGAUGAACAUUCUGCACUACUUCACAGGUGUUUGGGCAUACUUCUUCAGAAGAUCAAUGAUAGGGCCUACGUACAUGAUAAGAUAGAUUUAAUGUAUAAACAGGCUAAUAUUGCUGUUCCCACAAAUAGGCUUGGCUUGGCAAAAGCAAUGGGAUUGGUUGCAUCAUCCCACUUGGAUACUGUAUUGGAAAAGCUGAAAGACAUUCUGGACAAUAUGGGGCAUAGUUUUCUCCAGAGAUUCCUAUCAUUUUUCUCUGAUGGUUUUAAAAAAGAGGAGUCUGACGACAUACAUGCUGCUUUGGCUCUUAUGUAUGGAUAUGCUGCUAAAUAUGCUCCAUCAACCGUUAUCGAGGCCAGGAUAGAUGCUCUUGUUGGUACAAAUAUGCUAUCACGGCUUCUUAAUGUCUACCAUCCUACAGCAAAACAAGCGGUCAUCACUGCAAUUGAUUUACUAGGUCGCGCUGUCAUUAAUGCUGCUGAAAAUGGGUCAACGUUUCCCCUGAAGAGGAGGGAUCAGUUGCUUGAUUACAUAUUGACAUUAAUGGGUAGAGACGAUAAUGGUGGCAUUUCUGAUUCUAAUUUUGAACUUCUGCGCACUCAGGCUCUUGCUUUAAGUGCGUGCACUACUUUGGUUUCUCUUGAACCAAAACUGACUAUUGAAACUAGAAAUCUUAUAAUGAAGGCCACCUUAGGGUUUUUUACUUUAGCAAGUGAACCAGUGGAAGUAGUCAAUCCUCUUAUUGACAAUCUUAUUACACUUCUUUGUACAAUUCUUCUAACAAGUGGAGAAGAUGGUCGAAGUCGUGCAGAGCAGCUCUUGCAUAUUCUGAGACAAAUUGAUCAAUACGUUUCAUCGCCAGUGGAAUGUCAAAGGAGAAGGGGCUGCCUUGCCGUGCAUGAGAUGCUUGUCAAGUUUCGAACAGUUUGCAUUAGUGGAUAUUGUGCUAUAGGGUGCCAUGGAAUUUGCAUACACAACAGGCAAAUUGAUCGGAAUCUGCAAGGAAUUUGUCCCAAGCUGCCAUCGGCAUAUAUGUUACCAAGUCGUGAAGCCUUGUGUUUAGGAGAAAGGGUUAUUACUUAUCUUCCACGUUGUGCAGACUUUAAUUCUGAAGUUAGAAAAAUUUCUGCUCAGAUCUUGGAUCAACUCUUUAGCAUCUCUCUUGCACUGCCAAGGCCAGCAGCUUCUAAAUUUGGUGAAGAUAUAGAACUAUCCUACACUGCUUUGUCAUCUUUAGAGGAUGUUAUAGCCAUCUUAAGGAGUGAUACAUCUAUUGAUCCUUCUGAGGUUUUCAACAGAAUUGUUUCCUCUGUCUGCAUUUUGCUGACAAAGGACGAGCUUGUUGCUACCUUACAUGGAUGUUCAGGGGCUAUAUGUGACAAGAUCAAGCAGUCCGCUGAAGGGGCCAUUCAAGCUAUCAUUGAGUUUGUCACCAAGAGAGGAAAUGAGCUAAGUGAGACGGAGAUUGCAAGGACAACCCAAGCAUUACUUUCUGCUGUGGUUCAUGUCACUGAGAAGCAUAUACGACUGGAAACUCUUGGAGCAAUUUCUUCGCUAGCUGAGAAUACAAGUUCAAAGGUUGUUUUUGAUGAAGUAUUGGCUACUGCUGGAAGAGAUAUAGUCACAAAAGAUAUAUCUAGGCUCCGUGGUGGCUGGCCAAUUCAGGAUGCAUUCUAUGUAUUCUCUCAGCACACAGUACUCUCGUUUUCUUUCCUAGAGCAUGUGCUAUCUGUCCUCAAUCAAACUCCCGUCAGUCAAGGAAGUCAAGAGAGAGCAGAAUUUUCUAGCCAUGGGCCAGAUCAUGUAGAGAAUGAUAUUUCUCAGGCGGCUAUUGUUUCAUUAACUGCCUUUUUCAGAGGAGGUGGUAAAGUUGGAAAGAAAGCUGUCGAACAGAACUAUGCUUUAGUUCUUGCAGAACUUAUUCUCCAGCUGGGAAGUUGCCAUCAUCAAGCAAGCUUAGGCCAGCACGAACAACUAAGGGCUCUUCUCACAGCAUUCCAGGCAUUUUGUGAAUGUGUGGGAGAUCUAGAAAUGGGAAAGAUCUUAGCUAGAGAUGGAGAGAACAAUGACAACGAGAGGUGGAUAAAUCUUAUUGGGGACCUCGCAGGUUGCAUCUCAAUAAAGAGGCCAAAAGAGGUCCAACAUAUAUGCUUGAUUCUGAGUAAAUCAGUGGAUAGACAGCAAAGAUAUCAACGAGAAGCUGCUACUGCUGCAUUAUCUGAGUUUGUCCGGUAUAGUGGACAGGCCGGCUCCCUGUUAGAACAAAUUGUUGAAGUGUUUUGUCUACAUGUAUCUGAUGAGUCUGCAACUGUUAGACGUUUGUGCUUAAGAGGACUUGUACAGAUACCAGUUAUUCAAAUUCUGCACUAUACAGCUCAAGUUCUGGGUGUAAUAUUAGCAUUAUUGGAUGAUGUUGAUGAAUCUGUGCAAUCAACUGCACUGUCGUGCUUACUUAUGAUACUUGAAGCAUCUCCCAAUGAUGCAGUGGAACCUAUUCUGCUAAAUCUCUCUGUGCGGCUCCGCCAUCUCCAAAGCUGCAUGAAUACGGUUAUACGAGCUAAUGCCUUUGCUGCAUUUGGAGUAUUAAGUAACUAUGGAGUUGGGCAGCAACGUGAGGCUUUUCUUGAGCAGGUUCAUGCAACUAUUCCCCGCCUUGUGUUGCAUGUUUAUGAUGAUGAUAUUGGUGUUCGUCAAGCUUGCCGGAGUACUUUUAAGCGGAUUGCCCCAUUGGUGGAAGUGGAGGAGCUGCCUAUCCUCUUCCAUAUGCAUUUUUUCAAUUCAGAUCAUCGAAAUGACUAUGAAGACUUUGUCCGUGAUUUCUCAAAGCAAGUUUCUCAGUGCCUUCCCUCCAGGGUCGACUCUUACAUGGCAACGACAAUAAAGGCUUUCGAUGCACCUUGGCCAAUGAUUCAAGCAAACGCUAUUUACUUCUCUAGUAGUAUGCUUGCUCUGACUGAUGAUCAACACAUUUUGUCCCUUCACUACACGCAGGUUUUUGGUUUAUUGGUUGGUAAGAUGAGUCGAUCUGGAGAAGCAAUUGUAAGAGCAACUUGCUUAUCAGCCUUGGGCUUGUUAUUAAAAUCUUCCAAUUCACUGUCAUGGCGAGCAGCUCGAAUGGAUCGUGCAGACUCGGCUAGGAGCUAGGUCAUUAGCUAUAUUAUAAAUCUUGACAACUCAAACUGAACACUCUUGAUUGAUGAUGGUGAUUUAAGGUUUCUAGCAAGGACAGGACAACAAUUAUCACACGCCUUAGAAAGCAUGGAUGGAUUUUGUGGCAAUCCGGUCAUCAAAGUUGUAAAAUUUGUAAUUUGGACUUUUUAAUAUUUUUUUUUUGUACGUGGGGUCAGUUGUAUAUAUGAUUUUCUUUGAAAUCAUGUAUAUUCUGUUUGUAAUUGAGCUUAGGAAAGCAAACGUUGGAGUGAGUGAUUCUUUGAAUUUCAACUUUUGAGGGAAGUGUGGUUUUGAAACAAAUGAAAAAUGGCAAUGUUUUGAUUUGUCAUUAUUUGAAUGAACUCUCUUUAUCUCA